AUGGAACACUACAAUACUCUUGGUGAAGUUGUCUAUAACGAGAAGGUCAAGCAUUGGCGUUUCAAAGUGAAAAUUAUAAGGAUCUAUUCUUUCAAUUCCUAUGUUACCGGCAAUAGACCCCACUAUGUUUAUGUCCUAGCAGAUAAACAUGGAACCAAGAUGGAGAUGACCAUCUAUGAUAUAUAUGGAGAUAGGUUUAGAGGCCUAGAGAAGCAAGAGGGAAAAUGGGUGGAAAUCUUUAUUGUAGAAGUUGGCCGUGCCCAUUCAGGUUUCAAGGCAGCAAAAUCCAAAUUCACACUAACUGCUACUGGCGAUACCCAAAUCCACAUCAUCGAUCCUCUGAACGAUCAGCUUUACUUUGAGUUCAAAGGCAUUCAUGAAAUCCCUCACAUGAGCUACAAGGAGAAAACGUUUCCCAUAGAUACAAUGGGACUGGUCUUUAAGACGGAAGCCCAUUUCGAUGAUCCUGAAGGACCAAAGAUGGUGUUUUACAUAAGGGACAACAUGGGAGGUCGUGGACAAGUGAUUGUGGUCCUUAAGAUGUGGAGGGUUCGCGACUAUUUCCCUUAUUCUGGUCCUACAGAAGAAUGGCUUAAGACCGAGGGGGACUUAUCUGACUUCAGGUUCAAUCCGCGCUUGCCGGACGUAGAGGAGUUCAGACAAUCGGUUAAUAACAGUGACCCUACGGGACUAUCGGGCCUUUGUAAGGUUUUAUCUAAUGUAUUAGUGUUUCUGAAACUUGGUUUGUGA